AUGCGCCGUAUACCCUGGACCAGGCCUCGACUAGAGAUGCUUGCUGUCCAAACACAGCCCGGACUGUCCGCUGCGCAGCUGAUGCUUGUGAAUCAUGACCUAACACCAGUGGAAAAGGAACGUCGACAAUGGGGCUCAUGGAAUUUCGUCGGAUUCUGGAUUGCUGAUUCCUUCAACAUCAACACUUGGAUGAUAGCGUCUUCCAUGAUUUCUGGUGGUCUGUCGUGGUGGCAAGCCUGGCUUUGCGUUUGGAUCGGAUAUGCUACGGCUGCUGCCUUUGUCGUCCUCAUCGGGCGUAUUGGAGCUGUCUACCAUAUCGGCUUUCCCGUCACCAACCGAGCAUCCUUCGGUAUAUGGGGAAGUCUGUGGCCGGUCUUCAAUCGAGCUGCUAUGGCGUGCAUUUGGUACGGCGUGCAGGCUUACAUUGGCGGCCAUUGCGUCUACAUCAUGAUAAGAGCAAUCUGGAAAUCCUGGGAUCGUGAAAAGAUGCCGGGUCCGUUUGAUCCCGAGGCAAGUAGCGUGCCCGAGUAUGUUUCCUUUUUCCUCUUCUGGCUUGGCUCUCUGCCUGCGAUAUGGUUUCCGGUCCACAAGAUUCGGCACCUUUUCACCGUCAAGGCCUUCUUUGUGCCUCCGGCUGCCAUUGGAUUUAUGGUAUGGUGUAUUGUCCGUGCCGGUGGCGUUGGUCAGAUCAUCAAGCAGCCAAACACCAUACACGGCAGUGACCUGGCUUGGGAAUUCGUCAAGGGAAUCAUGUCGUCAAUUGGCAAUUUUGCUACUCUCAUCGUCAAUGAUUGCGACUUUGCUCGGUUCGCACGCCGGCCGAAAGAUGCGCUCUGGUCUCAGCUCAUCGCCAUUCCAACAUGUUUUGCAGUCACAUCUUUUAUCGGGAUCAUUGUUUCGUCGUCUUCCACCGCCAUUUUCGGGCACGCCAUUUGGGAUCCACUAGACAUUUUGGCCAAGUUCAUCGACGAUGGGUCUUCUGCAGAGCGCUUUGGUGUCUUCGUCAUUGCACUUGCGUUCUCCCUGGCUCAACUGGCUGCCAAUAUUGCUGCGAAUUCUGUAUCAGCAGGAAGCGAUCUUACCGCCCUUCUACCGCGAUUUGUCAACAUACGACGCGGAGGGUAUAUAUGUGCGGCCAUCGGUCUUGCGAUGUGUCCUUAUAACCUCCUUACCAGCUCGAGCAACUUUACAACCUAUCUUUCAGCCUACAGUGUUUUCCUGAGCUCUAUAGCUGGCGUGAUGGCCACAGACUAUUACAUCGUUCGAAAGGGCUAUCUAGAUGUCAGAGGCCUCUACGACGCUCGCAGCUCGGGGCCAUACUACUACACCAUGGGCAUCAAUUGGCGCGCUUACGCUGCCUACAUUUCCGGAAUACUUGUGACCAUUGUCGGCUUUGCCGGGGCUGUUGGUCAAUCUGUCCCGAUCGGCGCCGUGUACCUCUACAACGUCAACUUCUUCUGCGGAUUCAUUAUUGCCUCCAUCAUGUACUGGGCGCUUUGCACGAUUUGGCCGAUACCAGCAGUGAGCACCUGUUGGAUGGAGGUUGGGGACGUUCUCGAUGAUAUAGACGUUGCGUAUGAUGCCAAACUUGGCGACAAUUGCAAUGAUGCCACGAGCACGAGGGAGGGUAAGUUAGGAGAUCGGGCAGAUGUCUAG